AUGCAAUGCUUCUUUUUCAGGCAUAGCAUCAUUCUGCUGGCUCUGGUGGACCACCGCUACAUGUUCCGCUAUGUCAACGUGGGAGCACCAGGGCGAUGCCACGACGCACACGUCUUCCGCAGGUCGGAGCUUGCAAAGGUCUUGGAAGGACCGUUGUUUCGAGCUCCGCUUGUCACUGUGAAUGGAGCUGUUGUGCCACCACUGAUCUUGUGCGAUCAGGCCUUCCCUCUCACAUCAAACCUCCUCAAGCCCUAUCCGCGCAAGGGCUUAAAGGAUAGUUCUCCGGAAGCUAGCUUCAACAAGCAGCUCUCGGGAGCACGAAGGAUAGUAGAGAACGCCUUUGGCAGAGUGAAGGCACGCUUUCGCUGCAUAAUGAAAAGAAUGGAGUGCCAUGUAGACAAUGCCAGGGUCAUCAUCCGAGCCUGCUGUGUGCUCAACAACAUCUGCGAGCACUUCAAUGAUGGGGUUGAGCCACAGUGGGUCACCGAGGUGCAGCUCUACGACCGCAUGUUCCUGCAACCUCUCUGUAGAACGGAUGUUGCCGCUGGAAAUGGACAGGACGUGAGGGCAGCCAUAGCAGCCUACCUCCAUAGGCGGAACACGCAGCAACACGCAACGUAAUCUAGUGAUGACAUCACAUGUACAAGUGGCAGGAAGGACUCGAUGGAAGAUCAUCCAACUUCCAAACGAAAUGUGAAGCCAACUUACUGCACUAGCCCUGUGCAUGCCCACACCUCUUGGUGAAGCUAGCUGGCCUUACUGUUUGUUCGGAAGUUGCAUGGUUUAUCGUCAAUCCCUCCCUGCCACCUGCAUAUGUGCUGGUCUGUUUACCGGUAUGUAUGUGCAGCAUUACUAUGUCCAAAUUUCAUACUUUGCUCAUACAUACAGUAAUUCAGCUACCCAACAUAUUUGGAGAACAAG